ACCUGUGUUGUGUCACCGUGAGAAAGAAAAAUGAACUAUGAAGUUUUCAAUAAAUUUUGAAAAUAAGCUUUGUUUAAUGUUUUCUUGAUGAAUACAUAGCAUUACUACAAAAUCGGGUUAUCACUCAAUCAAAGUCAAUUAGAUCUCGGGCACCAGAAAUGGAGCUCAGGGUAGGGAACAGAUACCGACUAGGACGUAAAAUAGGAAGUGGAUCUUUUGGAGAUAUUUACUUAGGAACCAACAUUUCUACAGGUGAAGAAGUAGCAAUCAAGUUAGAAUGUCUAAAGACAAGACAUCCUCAGUUGCACAUAGAAUCACGAUUUUACAAGAGUAUGCAAGGAGCAGGUGAUUUUUCUAUGACUAAUGCAUGCAUUUUAUCUUUAAAUUAUACUGUAUUAGUACCUACAUUCUAUUUUUGUCCAUCGCUCGAAGAUCUCUUCAACUUCUGUUCUAGGCGUUUCUCACUGAAGACUGUUCUUCUAUUAGCUGACCAACUUAUUACUAGAGUAGAUUAUAUACACACUCGAAGCUUUAUACAUCGAGACAUAAAACCGGAUAACUUCUUGAUGGGUCUUGGCAAGAAGGGUAACAUUGUGUACAUAAUAGACUUCGGUUUGGCGAAGAAAUACAUGGAUCCUAGGACGCGUUUCCACAUCGACUAUCGUGAAAAUAAGAACCUAACCGGCACUGCCAGAUAUGCCAGUAUAAAUACACAUCUUGGUAUAGAACAAAGUAGAAGAGAUGAUCUUGAAUCGUUGGGAUACGUGCUAAUGUACUUCAACCGCGGGUCAUUGCCCUGGCAGGGACUGAAGGCUGCCACCAAGCGCCAGAAGUACGAACGAAUCAGCGAAAAGAAAAUGUCCACCCCGGUCGAUGAACUGUGCAAGGGUCAUCCAGUGGAAUUUUCGGUGUAUAUCAAUUACUGUAGGAUGUUAGGGUUUGACGAGAAACCCGACUACUCGUACCUGAGGCACCUUUUCAGGGGCAUAUUCGUCAGGCAAGGCUUCACCUAUGACUACGUUUUUGACUGGAAUAUGCUCAAGUUUGGCGGAUCGAGGCAUAGAGACAAGGACCAGCAGCAGCAACAACAGCAACAGGAUGAGCAACAGCAGCAGCAACGCAACAACCCGAAGAUGUAUGUGGUAGAGGGCGGUCAGGUGGCUGGGGGGGCAGGUGGCGCUCCCGCCCUGGUGGCGGCCGGCGGCGGAACUGCUGGGCGACGCGCCACCCGCAACUCGUCCGAGCUCAUCGGCUCGCCAAACGUGUGGAGGCCCAAUCCCAACAACACCACCAGAUCUACCACCGCGCGCGGCCGAGCGCUGACCGCCAGCAAUAUGGAUGCGACCAAUCAGCAGCAGGUGGGUGGGGCUCAGGCCCCGCCUACGGCCCCGCCCCCCCUGUCCAGUGCGCAGGCGCAGGACCACCGCCUCUCCAUCAGGCUGCAUCGCGGCCCACCCAGUCCCAGUCUAGCCGACACCAUCGAUCUGUCGCAGAUGCCGGCGCUAUCAAAGCAAACAAAGUCUAUUAAUCAUCAUUUGGAUAGUAAAAAACGGUGA